UUGUGUCAAUGUCAAUUGUGGGGAAAACUGGAAGUGUAAAAUGUCAUGAAAAUGUUUUAUUAAUAUUUAAUUUCAGUAAACCUAAAAGCAAAAAUGAGCCUUUACGACAAAAUAUGUAGAAUUUGUUUGGGACAACAUGGAGCCUUUUAUCCAAUUUUCGAGAAAAUUGAGAAUUUUGAACAUAACAUACAAUCAAAGAUAUCAACUUGUUUGUAUGUUACCGUUGAAGAUGUAAAAGGAUAUCCGCGUCAAAUUUGUAAUAAUUGUAACGAAACCUUAGACAUACUUUUCAAUUUCAUAAACGUAUUUAAGGAGAGUUGUCAGACUUUAGAAAGUAAGUUACUUCUUAUGAAAAUAGACAUCGAUGCAAGUAGUAAUAAUGACUCAGAUUUUGAUCCAACAAUUAACAAGAAAAAGGAUUCUACCGUUCAGGAUUUAGAUGCUAAUAUAACAUCGUCCAUAAAACCACGAUCUAAGGCAAGAGUUGAAAGUGAAGAAAAACAGGUAGUUAAAAAGGUGUUACAGAAGGAACAACUGCGAACAAACAUCAACAGAGACAUAAGAAAUGCUGUAGCAUCUUCUAUUCUAGAGGGUGUAUUUACAUGGAGUGGAGAAGAAUGGUGUUUAAAUAAAAAUAAAGCUGAUGAUACAAACAAUCUAAUGGAACAAAAAGAUGCUAUACAAAGUACAACAAAAAUUAAGACAAUAAAAAAGAAAGAAAUACCAACUGAAAGAAAACCACAACCUCCUAGACUCUGUGAUCUCUGUGGAGAUGUUUUUAAUGAGGACCAUAAACUAAUAGCACAUAAGAAAAGAGUCCAUUUCAACAAUCCCAUUAAAUGUCCUGUAUGCCCAAUGACUUGUUCCUCUGAAUAUUACUUAAAUUGUCACAUGGAGAGGAGACAUAGAAAUAAUAAAAUCUAUGAGUGCAAAUUUUGUGACUCGAAGUUUGCAUUCAUUAAGGAUAUACAUAAGCAUGUUGAAUAUGUUCAUGAGAAAAAAAGAAAAGGAAAUAAAAUAUUUGCUUGUGAUACAUGUGACAAAACUUAUAAAUGUGUGCAAUCACUUACAAUACAUAAGCGAUCUGUUCAUACAGGGGAGCGACCAGAUAUAUGUACAGUUUGCGGCGCACGGUUCUUUCACAUCAUUUAUUUAAGAGAGCACAUGAGACUCCACACUGGAGAAACUCCAUACAAAUGUCCUAUUUGUAACAGGGGCUAUGCACAGCGAGGCAAUAUGACAAGUCAUCUCCGUAAUCACCGGAAGUCCGAGUUAGAUGUGGCUACAUUCAGUAAAAUAAAGCCAAGACUUCUUAAAUUUAAACAUACCUUUAUAUCUGUCUGUAUUCUUUAUACCUUUAUAAAAACUGAAAUGAGCUGUAUUGAUAAAAGGUGUAGAAUUUGUCUUCAAGAUGGAGCCUCGUAUCCUAUUUUUGAAAAAAUUGAGAAUUUCAAACAUCAUAACAUUCAAUCAAAGAUUUCAACUUGUUUGCAUGUCACCGUUGAAGAUGUAGAAGGAUAUCCUCGUCAAAUUUGUAUCAAUUGCAACGAAACCUUAGAUAUACUUUGCAAUUUCAUAAACGUAUUUAAGGAGAGUUGCAAGGCGUUAGAAAAUAAAUUACCUCAAAUAAAAAUAGAGAAUGAUUCAAGUAGUAAUUAUGACUCGGAUUUUGAUCCAGCAAUUAACAUUAAGGAGGAGUCUCCAGAUCUUAAGGAUUUGGACGAAAAAACAUCAAUAACAACAAAAGUUAAGGCCACAAGUACUCAAAGUAAAGAAAAAAAUAUAGUUAAAAAAGUGUUGCCUAAGAAACAAAAUAAUGGAAACAAAAGAAAUACUGUAGCAUCUUCUAUUUUAGAGGGUGAAUUUUCAUGGAGUGGAGAACAAUGGUGUUUAAAUAAAAAAGCUGCCCAAAAUGCUAUCCAAAAAACUAAAAAGAAAUUGCAGCAAGUGAAAAAGAAAAACACACCAAAAGAAAAGAAGCCACCACCUCCUAAACUAUGUGAUUUGUGUGGUGAAGUGUUUGAACAAGACAAACUAGUUGCACACAUGAAAAGGGUCCAUUUAAACAGUCCUGCUAAAUGUCCCGUAUGCUCACGCAUUUGUUCCUCUGAAUAUUACUUAAAUCGUCACAUGAAGAGAAAACAUCUAGAUGAUAAGAAGUAUCAGUGCAAAUCUUGUGAUAAAACUUUUGCAUUCGUCGGUGAAUUGCGAAGUCAUACUAGAUACGUUCAUGAGAAAAUAAGAAGAACACCUCAAAUAUUCCCUUGUGAUAUGUGCGAAAGAACUUUUAAAUGUAUGCAGUCACUCACAAUACAUAAGCGAUCUGUUCAUACAGGAGAGCGACCGGAGAAAUGUUCAGUUUGCGGUGCCGGUUUCUACCACAUUGUGUAUUUGAGAGAGCACAUGAGGCUUCAUACAGGUGAAACUCCAUACAAAUGUCCCAUUUGCGACCGGGGCUAUGCUCAAAGAGGAAACAUGAGGAGUCAUCUUAGGAUCCACAGGAAGUCGGAGUUAGAUGCUGCUACAUUAAGUAAAAUAAAGCCGAGACUUCUUAGAUUUCUUAAAGCUUAGACAUGGGCCAUUACAAUUAUGUAAAAUUAUUUUUUAUAUUGUUUUAAUUGAAAAUGUUUUAUAUAGCUGUCAGA